AGUCGUGUUUUGAACGGCUGCUCGAUCGCACAUGUGCGUCUAUGCAGAAACAUAAACAAAGUGCCAAGUUCCCUAGCAGUGCGUGAAUCGAAGCUCGCGCGAGAGUCGACGACCUUUCCUUUCGACGGCUCUUACUUGUUUGUGCGCGAAUCGUGCGGCGAGACUCGCCACCAAUUCGAAUUCACGCAGUCCACCGCGCAGACAACGCAUAGCACACGGCUCCUACACAUCCUACACAUUGACGUAUAGCACGAAUAAGCAGAAAAGAGAGAGAGAGACCAAAAGAGCUGCCUACAGAAAUGUGCCGCUGCUUCGUGCACUUUUGCUGCUGAAAUUUACGUCGGCGAUGAUGACGAUUAUUACGACGAGUGGCGAGCAUCAGUGCUACUACUACGAUUACUCGUGUACCGAGGAUGAUGACGAUGCGGCUGCGACUUUUUCUGCCUCUGCUGCUCGUGCUCUUACCGGAGCUGCUGCCUUAAAUGAAUAAAAACCUCGGCGAGCCGGUAUCUCGUUCUUAGUGCGUGCGCGGCUGUUCCGCGCUAGCUUCAGCUUCUGCUCCGACCAAUAACUCCUGUCAACGAUUUAUCUCGCUUCUUAUUUAAUUAUUUUUUUUCUCUUCGCGCGCGUCCAUAUGAUAUUUAUAUUAUCGACAACGUCAAAUUGAUGCUGCUCUGAGCCGCGUUCAAGAUCGUUAUCGCCAAGCGUCCGUUUUCAUUAUUAUUGCUCGUCCAUGCAGACAAAUAACUCAAAUUUUUAACCGACUGGACGACGAUCGAGCUCACUCAACAUGGGCAGCAUCACGAAUUUGUUGUUCCUUGCAUUGUUGCUUCUUGCUUCUACAAGUGCUUUAGAAAAUGGUUUGGCCAGAACACCUCCGAUGGGUUGGUUGGCCUGGGAAAGGUUCAGAUGUAAUACAGACUGCAAAAACGAUCCUGACAACUGCAUCAGCGAUCGUCUAUUCCGGACAAUGGCAGAUAUUGUUGUGUCUGAGGGAUAUGCAGCAGUAGGAUAUGAAUACAUAAAUAUUGAUGACUGCUGGUUAGAAAAGGAGCGCGAUUACCGUGGACAACUUGUAGCCGAUCGACAGCGGUUUCCCUAUGGAAUGAAGAGCUUAGCAAAUUAUGUUCAUUCUAAAGGACUCAAGUUUGGUAUAUACGAAGAUUUUGGUAACUAUACUUGUGCAGGAUAUCCUGGUGUCUUGGGAUAUUUAGAAAACGAUGCUGCUCUCUUUGCAUCUUGGGAUGUAGAUUACGUGAAACUUGAUGGUUGUUAUGCACACCCCAGUGAAAUGGAUCAAGGCUAUCCUGAAUUUGGUUUUCAUUUAAAUCAAACUGGGAGACCAAUGAUUUAUUCAUGCAGCUGGCCAGUUUAUCAAAUAUACGCUGGCAUGCAGCCCAAUUUCACUUCAAUUAUCAAUCACUGUAACUUAUGGAGAAAUUUUGAUGAUAUUCAAGAUUCUUGGAGCAGUUUGGAAAGUAUCAUUGAUUACUAUGGGAAUAAUCAAGACUCAAUAGUGCCAAAUGCAGGACCAGGACACUGGAAUGACCCAGACAUGUUGAUUAUUGGCAAUUUUGGUUUGAGUUAUGAGCAAAGUAAAACUCAAAUGGCUCUAUGGGCUAUUUUAGCUGCUCCUCUUCUCAUGUCUGUGGACCUUAGAACUAUAAGACCAGAGUACAAAGCUAUUUUACAAAAUAAGAAAAUUAUUGACGUAGACCAGGAUCCUCUUGGCAUUCAAGGUCGACGAAUUUACAAGCACAAGGGCAUUGAAAUUUGGGCCAGACCCAUAACACCUGUUUACCAAAACUAUUAUUCGUAUGCUAUUGCAUUUCUCAAUAGAAGAACAGAUGGAACCCCAUCUGAUGUAUCUGUUACUCUGAAAGAACUUGGUCUGCAGUACCCUGGUGGAUACAGAGUAGAGGAUCUGUACGAGGAUGUAGACUACGGGGUUCUUACACCACAAACUAAGAUUAAGGUCAAAGUUAAUCCAUCUGGAGUUGUGAUUCUGAGAUGCGAUCUACAAGUUGAUGAUGUUUAUGUAUCAAAUCAAUAUGCACAAUACGCGCCACUAGAUCAAGUGUUCAAAGUCAGACACAAUGACUUCGAUCAAUGAGUGAUAUUCAUAAUUAAUUUAUAAGAAAAUAUACAUAUUUUAUAUUUAUUCCCUAAUAUGAUUUGUUUGAAUUGAACAUUGUGUGACCAUACUUUAUUAAGGCUGUAAAAAUAAAUAAUUUGAUUAAACAUAAUAUAGUUUUAAGAAAA